AUGUCCUUGAAGGCCGAACUUGAAACAUGGGCCGCCGCCCUGAAGGCAUAUGACGAGGAGGACUUCGAGAAGGCUUUGGACCUGUUCUCUCGAAUCGCUGAUUCCUCGAAGAUUCUCACUAAUAUGGGCCUCAUUUAUGCGACAUUGGGCGAACACGAGGCGGCCGUAGAGCGCUUCAUCGAAGCCACCAACUUAGACCAAUAUCUGGCCGUUGCUUAUUUCCAGUGCGGGGUUUCCAACUUCCUACUCGCGCGCUAUGAACUAGCGCACAAAGAUUUUGAGGAGGCGCUCUUGUAUUUGAGAGGAAAUCAGGCCAUAAACUACGAGCAGCUUGGACUCAAAUUCCGUCUUUUCUCUGCUGAGGUCCUUUUCAACAAGGGUCUUUCGCAAAUCUACAUGGGUCGCCUGCAAGAAGGUAUCGCAGACAUGGAAGAAGCCCGGAGAGACAAGGCCACGGACGAGCAUAACGUUAUUGAUGACGCUAUUCAAGACCGCGGUGAAGGCUAUACAGUGUUUAGCAUUCCCGUUGGUGUCCUGUACCGUCCAUCGGAGAAGAAACUCAAGAACUCAACACAGAGAGAUUACAUGGGCAAAGCCAAACUUGUGGCCUCGAUGGAUCCCAGUGAUGCAUAUACAACUUUCUCGGGUGUCACACGUCUGAAACAAGGAAUAUCGCCUGCUGGAUUGCGACUCGAUCGGCCAGAUUUGUUGGAUGAUGCUCCGUCAAGCGGUCUCCUACGCAGCGCAACCGUACCCCCGGUGUCAACUGCAAUAAAACCUGCAGAAGGUCCUAGAUCAGCUGGUGUUGAGCGCUCGAGGACCACCCCUGGCGGGCUAUCUGGCGCCGGAAGAGAACUCGGUGGUGGUAGACUAUCACCGAAGGCAACUAGUCCAGGUGCUGGUAUCACGAGGAGUAAUACUCAGAUCACCCCUGCUCGUCCUUCUCCCAACGCCAGCAUCGGCGGUCCAGUUCGAGGCUUGAGCGUCAGGAAGCCCGGUGCCUCUCCCAGCAAUCCACCUCCCCCGCCGUCUAAAGACAAAAACGACCGUCUUACGGAGUUCUAUGACGAUUACAUAGACUCUUAUGCUGCUGAAAGAGCCCCUCCUGUUCCUAAUGCACCACCACCAAGCGAUCGUGUCGGCGCCUGGGCUCGUAACAACGCCAAUCCCAACUAUCCUCCCCUCAGUCGUACGGGUUCGCGUAGUGCUCCCGGCAGUCAGUACGCUCCCAGUUCUUAUGGCGGCCCCGGAGGUUCUCUCAGACGGAAAGGAACGAGGCGGAACCCUCGGGCAUCCAGUCGCAUCCAGAGCACCUACGAAGAAGAGGAAGAGGGUUAUGGCAGCGGAGAAUAUGAUGACGGUCCUUUAGAACUCAGCCUUAUCCGCGUCAAGCUCCAUUACCAGGACGACACUCGUGGAAUGACCUUAUCCCCGGACACCCCCUUCCCUGAAUUCAUGGACAAGGUUGCGGCGAAAUUUGGCAAGGACCUCGGCCUCAAGUUUAAGGACGAAGAUGGUGGCAAAGUAACCCUUCGCGACGAGUCUGACUUCGAACUUGCUAUUGAGACCGCUCGCGAGAACGCGAAGGGUAAGGCUGAGGGCAAGUUGGAGAUAUGGUGUUCUGAUCUGUAG